GCCUGCUAUCACUAAAUAGGUAUCCAGACUUCUACCUUCCCCUACACCAGUAAUAUUUCAUAUAUUAUGUUCCAUUCAAAUAUAAUCAAAGGAAUAACAUCAUAACUUCUGAUGUUAUGACAUCCUUGUUAUGGAAAAUUAUAACAGCUUAUAAUUUCACUCUAUUUUGUCUUACCAAUGCCCUCCUCUUAUACUCUAAAUCGUCAAAUGAUUUAUCUAGCAGAACUCAAACAUGGCUUCUUCAGUAGUUGAAGUAUCUCUUGAUGCCCCCCGGGCAUCAGUCGUUGGGAAUGAAUGGGAGGGGGAGGAACAGUGUGGCAACGAAGAUCAAGCAGAAUUUGAACGCCGAUUUAACGAAGCAUCCAAACAAUCUAAGCGCCCUACUAUUGAUCUCACUGAAGAGCAAGGAGAGGAAAUCGAUCGAGUAGAACUAGCUUUUGAGGAAAAGUUGGAGCCCGAGGUUGCCAAGGUCAUUGAAGUCAUCGAUCUAACCACGGAGAGUGUGCGACGAAGACCACGCAAGGUGACCAGCCCGCCGAAACGAAACACUUCUAUAGCCCUCCCAAACAGGUGGCUAGACAGCUUCACUUACAAUGACAUGGAGCUUAAGCCUGGAGGCGCGAUCGAAAUGGUCCCAAUUCCACAUCUUCAUUGUGCUUCAUUCUUGCUCAUUCAACUAAUCAUUCAUACGGAAGCCGGUGUUAUACUUCGAGGACUCCCACUUACUCGUACGAGGAAUCUACGAGGACGGUUGCCGCGACUUCGUAACGAGGUUGCCAUGGUCCUCGAGAUCGAUGGGGACGAUCUCAGACCUCAUGAAGAGCAGGCUGCUAUCGAGAUUCCUUUGCAUAUGAUCAUCAAACCUCGAGUCUGUCUCACCACCAACAAGCCCUUCCCGGACCACCGCUUCCCCAACAAGAUUUACAGCAGUACUCAGGACAUCGAAGAUAGAGGGGUUCUCAUAUGUCGAUGGAAGGUUAGAUACACAUGGGGAGAUGCCGCUAAGCGCUGCAACAAGAAGCCGCCUAAUGAGUUUGCUAUAGCGCGCGUUAUCUCCGAGGAAGUGCCCAAAGAAAGGUAUCGUGCUUCUAAUUCCUGCUUGAUGAACGCCUGGAGAGGUGGAAAAGUUCGUGGCGGUUCCUACAUCCCGGACGAACCAGAGAGCUCAAGGUUGAUGGUGAAUGUCGACGACUCCGAAAGCCAAGAUGAUACAGAAGGUGAUGGUUGGGUCCCGAGGAAGCCCGGUCAACAAUACACUUUCGCAGAUAUGUUCUGCGGUGCUGGAGGAGCAUCUUGUGGCGCUAAGAAAGCUGGAAUGCGUAUCAUGCUAAGUGUUGAUAAUGCGCAGGGGGCAUGCAACACAUAUCGAAUCAUGUACCCGGAAGCAGACUUACGCCAACAAGAUAUGUAUGACUUCAUCAUCGAGAUGAGGCAUUCUAGUUAUCGUAUCGACGUGCUUCAUCUCUCUCCGCCGUGCCAAUAUUGGUCUCCAGCUCACACGACUCCUGGUGUCAACGACGACGCAAACAUUGCUAUCUUAUUUGCCUGCCACGAGCUAAUCAAGAUUCUACGCCCACGGAUAUUUACUGUAGAGCAGACCUUCGGCAUCCUACAUCCCAGAUUCGAAUUCUACUUCAACUCUUUAAUUCAUGGGUUCACAAAACACGACUAUUCUAUUCGCUGGAAGGUGGUCAACUUGCUAACUUGGGGAGCACCGUCGCAGCGAAACCGUCUCAUCAUGAUAGGUGCUUGCAUAGGGGAAGAGUUACCCCCUUUUCCGGUCGCGACACAUUCAGAAGGGCCAGUAGAGGGAGACGGAACAAAGCCGUACAGGACAGUUCAGCAGACGCUUCGGACAAUUCCUCCCAGUGCGAGAUGGGACGACGAGCUUCACAGUCCAAAUAAAAUGAAGCGCGUACUAAGACCACGAUGGGAUCCCAAUAUACCUCUCCUUCGCACUAUAACAUGUAGUGGUGGUGUAGGCAACUACCACUACGCUGGCCUGAGAGACUUCACGCUUCGGGAAUACGCAGUAUUACAAGGCUUUCCUCCAGACUAUAACUUUCAAAAACCUUCGCAGAAGAGACAGAUAGGAAACGCAUUCCCGCCCCUUGUGGUCAAGCAGCUCUACAAGCACCUCCGAAGGUGGCUGGAGCAGAAAGACCACGUACAUGCUAACGACGGUGAGCUUUCGGGAUCCGAGGAUGAAGAAUUCAAGAGUGACUCUGAUACAGCUUAUCGUGAUUCCGAAAAUGAUGACGAUGUUCAAUAUCUUGGCGAACGAGGAGUCGAGAGGCACUCAAGCUUAAGUGAGGUGGAGUUUCUGGGAGGGCGGAAGUUAGCUCAACAAGCUAGUAUCCUGACUAUCAACUCAGAGUCAGAGGACGGUAUGGAAAUCGACGCAAUGAGCCAAGAUGUCCUUAGCCCAAGUGCUUGUAUCGACGUAACUCAGACAAAGGGAGGCGAUCCCGAUACUCCCAUUGAACUUGACUAGAGUUGACGGG